GAACGCAGCGCGGUCUGUAUUCCUCACGGCGUCUCUCCGCGGCCAUGGUAACACUUCCCCCGGCGCCGGAGCUCCAGUUCACAGACACAACACACCAGCGCUGUUCAUGCAGGUACGAGCUCCACCUUCACUUCAACAAUCUAUUAUUCAGCAUGAAUCUGGCAGAGAUAUGUGACAACGCCAAGAAAGGCCGCGAGUACGGCCUGCUUGGAAACUAUGACUCCUCCCUUGUGUACUACCAGGGCGUCAUUCAACAGAUCCACAAGCACUGUCAGACCUUCAGAGACCCUGCACUUAAAGCCCAAUGGCAAAAGGUCAGGCAGGAACUCACUGAGGAGUACGAGCAGGUGAAAGGCAUCAUGGGAACGCUCGAGAGCUUAAAGUCCGAGAAGCCAAACGACAUCUUUGCACCUCUUGCUCCUCAGUCCGACGACAGACCCGAGGAUCCAGCAGUAUGGCCCCCUCCCAUCCCUGCUGAACACAGUAGGAAUCCUGUAGCAGUGAAGCGUCCCAGCAGUGCAGUGAAGCAGCAGAGAAAGGAGUCCCUAGGUCUGAAUCACAGAGGGGGGGGGCCAGGAGGCCGCGGAUUGAAACCAGACCGGCCGGGAUCGAAAGACGCACGUGGCACAAAGGCCAAAGACGAGAAGGCAAAGAAAGGGGCGGGAGAUGCACCAGGGGAUGUAGAGCUGAAGAAAUUUGACGGCACAGGGUAUGACAGUAACCUGGUGGACUCACUGGAGAGAGACAUCGUGUCCCGUAACCCUAACGUUCACUGGGAGGAUAUUGCUGAUCUGGAAGAUGCGAAGAAGCUGCUGAGAGAAGCUGUGGUUUUACCCAUGUGGAUGCCUGACUUUUUCAAGGGCAUUCGCCGCCCCUGGAAGGGUGUGUUAAUGGUCGGCCCUCCAGGGACGGGGAAGACCAUGUUGGCCAAAGCUGUAGCCACAGAAUGUGGGACCACUUUCUUCAACGUGUCCUCCUCCACGCUUAGCUCCAAAUACAGGGGCGAAUCUGAAAAACUUGUUCGUCUGCUGUUUGAAAUGGCCAGGUUUUAUGCACCAACAACCAUCUUCAUCGAUGAGAUUGACUCAAUCUGUGGCAGAAGAGGAACAUCUGAUGAACAUGAAGCCAGCCGCAGGGUCAAAUCAGAGCUUCUGAUCCAGAUGGAUGGUGUGGGGGGAGCAUCGGAGAAUGACGACCCCUCUAAGAUGGUUAUGGUCCUCGCCGCCACCAACUUCCCCUGGGACAUUGACGAGGCAUUACGACGACGCCUGGAGAAGCGGAUCUACAUCUCCCUGCCCACAGCUCUGGGUCGUGUAGAGCUUCUUAAAAUCAACCUGAGGGAGGUGGAGGUGGCCGCAGACGUUGACCUGGACCUCAUUGCUGAGAAGAUUGAGGGCUACUCAGGAGCAGAUAUCACCAACGUCUGCAGGGAUGCAUCCAUGAUGGCAAUGCGUCGUCGCAUCCAAGGUCUGAGCCCUGAGGAGAUCAGAGCUUUGUCCAAAGAAGAGCUGCAGAUGCCUGUGACUAUGGAAGACUUCACCCUCACGCUCAAGAAGAUCUCCAAGUCCGUCUCUGCUACCGACCUGGAAAAAUAUGAUUCCUGGAUGGCUGAGUUUGGGUCAGUGUAGACAACGGUACCAGUGAGACCCAGAGGGACCAGCACCUUAAAAGGAGGACUCAUAGUUUUGAAAAUGAUGAAGAGCACGGACUUAGGAGUGUAUACAGAGCCGAGGGAACUGUAGCACGUGAACCAGGCGGCACAUCAGGGAUCAAGAAAACACAUAGGCUCAAGUUCACAUCAGAUGACUGGUGCCUUUGGUGAUGUGAACUUUCAGUGGCUUCACGCUUCUCCUCGCUUUUCCUUCAUGUCCGUGUGGUGAGCGUCAAUCAUCCAGCUGCUGACUGAUUUAAGUGACCUGAGGAAGAAUGAGGUGAACUUUUCUCACAAUGGGAAAUUUUAGUGUGUAACUAAUAAUAGACACAGGUAGACCAGGGAAUGCACACUAGUUUCAGUUAGAUAUCAGGCCUCAUGCAAGAAUUCAGAUUCUCAGCCUAAACCUCUUACUUUUUACCUACUAUUUAUUAGUGUGGUGAGUUUGUUGCAGAUUCAAAUAAACAUCCAAAUCUCAUGAGGGGAUUGUUGGGCCUUGGCGGAGGUCUUUGCAGAAUUUUCAUACAAGUGUUCACCAAACUCUCUCUGGCUUGACAAAUUUAUCACAAAUGGCAAAAUUCCAAAAGAUGAAUUCCAGCUGUCCAAUUGGACAAUCACUGCUUUUAUAUUUGCUGAAUUCCUGUCCCAAUUCUCCUCCAUUUGUGGGUACGUUUCACAAAAUAUUAGCAAAGAGUGAAAACUGCAGAUUUAUCGGUAUAAGUCUAUUGUAGGAGAAUAGAACCUCUUAAAGGAAACUCUUAGAAAAUCUUAAAGGGUCAGUGUGUAGAAUUUAGUGACAUCUAGUGGUGAAGUUGCAUGAUGCAGCUGAAUAUCCAACACAUUACAUUACAUUUCAUUUAGCUGACGCUUUUAUCCAAAGCGACUUACAAUAAGUGCAUUCAACCACGAGGGUACAAACCCAGAACCACAACAAUCACCUUACUCUCCUCUUCCGAACAUUACAGAGAACCUGUGGUAACUUUCAGUUGGCAUAAAAUCUCAAAAGGUUUAAGUUUUUCCAUUAUGGGCUACUGUAAAAAAAACAUGGCGGCCUCCUUAGAGGAACCGCUCCUGAUGUAAAUAUAGAGUAUUAAGAUAUAAAGGGUAUAUUGGGUAAAAAAAAAAAAUUAAGAAGAAACACACUAGUGAAAACAUCACUAGGAUUAUUUUAUGUUCAAUUUCUGCCCUUAGAUCCCUUUCACCUAAAUCUUACACACUGGACCUUUUUUAGAGAAAAUUCUGCUUAAAUCUUAAAUGACUGUGAUUCAACUCUGUCAGCUUCUUGUGAUUCUUGCAUGAGGCCCAUUGUCUGUAUGUUCAAGCACUUUCAAUGUACCUCCUUGUGGAGCUCAUGUAUUUACUACUGACUGAACACACUUGAAGAACCACGAUGUCUGUUGUGAGGUGAGAGAUUGUGUUUGUGUUUUCAUGUAUUUUUUUUUUUUUAUCUAUUUCAGUUUUAUUUCAAUUGAAACAAACAAAUGUAGUCAAACUAAAAAAGAGAACGACCACAUGGAUUGUGUAUUAAAUGAUGCAGACAAUUAAUCCUCAUCUAUAUGUAAUGGUUCCUGUUUUAUAUGUAGUCUAUUAAAUAUCCCUAAGCUCAGUCAGGUUUUGUUUUGUAUUGACCAAGUGUUGAUUGAGUUGAAUAAUUAGAUGAAUACAUUGUGAACUAAUGGUGAACUCAAUCUAUACUCGAUGGUUGUUUUAUUGUUCUCCCCUGUUCCAAACGUUUACAGCAUUCUGCUUCAGGGCACUAAAAGCUCCAUUCGGUGUAUAAUUUGCAUUGUCUUUUAUUUUAAUACCAAAAAAUAAACUUUACCUUUAAUCUUUCAUGAUUCUUAACACACCUUUUGGUUUUGAAUUUCUGUAUUUAAUCACUGUCUCCAUUAACCAUUGAAUAUUUUUGCAGUGUGACCAAAUGUGAAGCUAAGAAACAAAAAAGUGUUUUUGCAGAAAAGAUAUCAACCCACAAUAGCACAUAUUGUUUUAACCUAACGUAUCCUGGUGUCUCCUGUCUACUAAAGAAAGAUGUGAUAACCAACUUGUUCUCUUGUUUUUGAGGAAGAGGCAUUUCUAUAAUCUUCUAUUAUCUAUUAGCUUACAGAAAUAAUGGAAACACACUUGCAGAUAAUGUCCCAUUUUCAGAGAAACUCCCUGUUACCAUCCAAAUGACUCCUGUUGGUCUUUGAACCUCAUUUUUUGAGUCAAUGCGAUAAAUAAUUUCAUGAACCGUGAUAUCAGACAGUCUUUUUCACAAGUAGAUCUUUCAAAGCGUCCUCAGUGUAUGUAAUAAAAACAUUUGCUCACAGUC